GUCACGACAGGAGAACUUCACGCAACGGUGCGACAUAUAAAAGACUUGCAACCCUGAUCUUGGCCAUCUUUCAGCACCAUGAGGGCGACGGUGGCAGCUCUUCUCCUGUGUCUUGUGGUGACAGCAUGCAGAAGUCAGGAGACACCACCUGGCCCUCCUGGACCAACCGAAGGGCCACAACCAACUGGCCCACCUGGUCCACCAACCGGAGGUCCUGACCCAACAGGUCAACCUACUGGAGGUCCUGAACCAACUGGACCACCAGGACCACCAACUGGAGGUCCUGAACCAACAGGUCAGCCUACUGGAGGACCUGAACCAACAGGAGGGCCACAACCAACUGGUGAUCCACAGCCUACCGGAGGACCUCAGCCCACUGGACAACCAGGGCCGCCUUCUGGGGGACCUAGCAAUGGUUUCCUCGGUAUCUUCUAAUUAAACAGCGCCAGAAUCUCACCUGAAGCAUAACUACAGAUCUUCCUUCCUCUUUGGCCACUAAACGCAUCUUAAUUUAUUGAUUUGGAUUUUUACUGUUUCUGUUAUUUCUCAUUAAAUUAGCAAUAAAAAAGUUUUUGUUUA